CCAAGCCCACAUACCACUUGCCUCUUCUCCCUCCCUGCUGACCAGUGCUAUCUCCCUCCCCCCUGUCUGCAUCCUUAACCCUAGACAUGAUCACAGUCACCUGGAAACAUGGGCAAGAAGCUGGUGAUGGCCCAGAAGCGGGGGGAGACACGAGCGCUGUGCCUGGGCGUGGCCAUGGUGGUGUGUGCGGCCAUCACCUACUACAUCCUGGGCACCAGCCUGCUGCCCCUCCACCAGAGAAGUGUGUGGACUCAGAGAUCAACAUGCCAGCUGCUUGAGACCCACAUCCGGGACCAGGAGGAGCUGAAGGGCAAGAAGGUUCCCCGGUACCCAUGCCUAUGGGUGAAUGUAUCAGCGGUGGCCGGGUGGGCUGUGCUGUACCACACCGAGGACACGCGGGACCAGAACCAACAGUGCUCCUACAUCCCAGACAGCCGAGACAACUAUCAGACAGCCCGUGCAGAAGUGGAGGAGGCCCGCACCCGGUUCCACACGCACACAGUUUUCUACUGCUUCUCAGCUCCGCAGGGCCAGGCCAGCGACGUCCUAUUCCAGCGGCGCUAUGGGCCACAGGCGCUGCUGGAUGCGUUCUUCUGGCCCAGCUUCCUGCUCACUUGUGGCCUUCUGCUCAUUGCCAUGGUCAAGCUCAACCAGUCUCUCUCUGUCCUCGCUGCCCAGAAAUAGACCCCUGGUAGUACCCCUGGUAAUAGUACUCCUGAUAGCUCCUUUCUCUGUCCCAUCCACGUGAGCAGAGGGGUGCCUCUGUAACAAGUGGGUCCUGUUUACCAGCUCUCCUAGCCUAAACCCCACAAACAUGCUUCCCUCUGAGACUGACUUCUCCCAACCCGUUCUUAAGGCAAGGUCAGCCCUGGCAUAGCUAACAUACAGGCA